GUGCUUUAUUCACAUGUGAGCGGAAGGUCAAUCAAUGUGGAGGAUUUAUACUGUUAUCUUUGAGGUGUAGGAGUUAAUAAUGUGUUAAAUAAAUAUAUACGUUUAAUCUUUCAGGCAUUUAUGGCUAAUAGCCGGGGUUCGUAAAAUAGUCCGCAAGUUUGUGAAACAAAGAUGUUACAGGGUUUGUGGAGGUUUCAGCGGCAGCUCUCUGGAGCUCUGCUGCCUUUUGCUGCUCGUUCACUAGCGUUAGAAACAUUCAGUCCUUCAGCACAUGUACACAGAGCAAAUUACGGAAGUGCUGCAGAAGAACGUAGGAAAUUCUACCAGGAUGUCAGUAUCUCUCAAGGUGAAGGUGGUCUGUUUGAGAUUAACCUGGACAGGAAAAAACUAAAAACUCCUGGAGGAAAACUAUUUACUGUGCCCAACGAGGCCCUGGCCAUUGCUGUUGCGACCGAAUGGGAUGUUCAAAAGGACACAUUAAAGUUCUACACCAUGCAUCUAACCACUCUGUGUAAUACAGCUCUUGAUAACCCAACCCAACGUAGCAAGGACCAAAUGAUCUCUGCUGCCCUGAAAUUUCUGGAGACCGACACCAUUUGUUACAGAGUAGAAGACCCUCCACGGCUUGUCGAAUUGCAGAAGAAUGAAUGGGACCCUGUUAUGGACUGGAUUGAAAAAAGGUACAAUGUUGUUAUUGGGUCAUCCACUAGUAUAAUGGGCCCACAAAUCCCAGAGGAAACCAAGGAAACGUUUCACCAGCACCUUAAAUCCUACAACUUUUGGUCUCUAACAGGGCUCGAGUAUGUGAUAUCACAACUGAAGUCACUGAUUCUGUCUUUUGGGGUGAUCGACAGACAUUUAACUGUGGAUCAUGCUGUACUGCUGUCUCGUCUAGAGGAGGAAUUUCAGAUCCAGCAUUGGGGAAACGUGGAAUGGGCUCAUGACUAUGAUAUGUAUGAGCUGCGGGCUCGAACAGCAGCAGGUGCCCUGUUUGUUCAUCUGUCAUCUGAAAGUUCUACAGUGAAGAGAAAACUGCUUCAGGACUGAUCUGACUUGUUUACAUGAACCAAACUCUAUAUCUUCUGCUUAUAGCUAUUAGAAUUUUUAUUUAAUUAUGGUCAUCAAAACAGAAUGUUAAGCAACAAUAUGUAUGGAAUUGUGACAUGUUUAAUGGAUACUAACACAUUUCUUAAUACUGUGUUUGUAAAUGUGAUUGUGAGAAUGUUGAUGGCAUCUUUAAGAAUACACAAUAGUUUGUGUGAAGAAUUGCCACCUCAAAGCUUCAGGAUUCCUAGUUUUUAAUGCAGAACUAUGGAUGCAGUUGUGUACAGUUUCACAUGCAUGUUUGUGUGGAUCUCCUCAGAGUUUUCAGGUUUUUCCCCACCUCCUAAAAACAUCGCCUACUCUAAAUUGCAGCUGUGUGUGUGGAUGUGGGUGUGUGUGUGUGAGAAAGAGCCUUGUGAUAGACUGGAGCAUUACUCACUAUUGCUCAGGAUAAUUACAAGAUCCCCCUUGACCUUCACACGGUGAUAAAGUGCUUCCUGAAAAUAGAAUAAUGAAAGAAUCAAUAAAUGAUUAAACAAAUGAA